CCCGGCACCAGCGGGCCAUGCAUCUACCGAACCUCCCCGGCCCCGCGCGGCUGGUGUUCCUGGCAGGGCUGCUGGCCGCGCGCCUCGCCGCCUCCCGGGGCCCCGCGGACCCCUCGGACUAUCAGGCCCCGUUCCAGGUGCACGUGGACGCGGCCCGGGUGCUGCGGCCCCUGCGGCACUUCUGGCGGAGCUCCGGCUUCUGCCCUCCGCUGCCGCAUAACCAGGCUGACCGCUUUGUCCUCAGUUGGGACCAGCAGCUCAACAUGGCGUACCUGGGUGCUGUCCCUCACGGGGGCAUCCAGCAGGUACGGACACACUGGCUGCUGGAGCUCGUCAAGGCCAGCAGGACAGCCGGCCAGGGCCUCACCUACAACUUCACUCACCUGGAUGCAUACCUGGACCUGCUCAGGGAGAACCAGCUUUUCCCAGGCUUCGAGCUGAUGGGCAGCCCCUCGGGACACUUCACUGACUUCGAGGACAAGCGGCAGGUGUUUGCCUGGAAGGACCUGGUCUCCCAGCUGGCCAGGAGAUACAUUGAGAAAUAUGGGCUGGAGCACGUGUCCCAGUGGAACUUUGAGACAUGGAAUGAGCCGGAUCACCACGACUUUGACAACGUGAACAUGACGGCACAGGGCUUCUUCAACUAUUAUGACUCGUGCUCGGAGGGCCUGCUUGCCGCCAGCCCCGAACUGCGCCUGGGGGGGCCCGGGGAUGCCUUCCACCCUCCUCCCGGCUCCCCACUCAGCUGGGGGCUCCUGGCACACUGCCAGCAUGGCCCCAAUUUCUUCACGGGGGCGGCGAGGGUGCGGCUGGACUUCCUGGCCCUACACAGGAAGGGUGGGGGCAGCUCCAUGGCCAUCCUGGAGCAGGAGCGGGAGGUCCUGCAGCUGGUGCAGCGGCUGUUUCCUGGCCUGGCCCGCACCCCCCUGCACAAUGAUGAGGCUGACCCGAUGGUGGGCUGGGCGCAGCCACUGGCCUGGAGGGCUGGCGUGACCUACGCCGCCAUGGUGGUCAAGGUCAUCGUCCAGCACCAGAACCUUUUGGUGGCCAACAGCUCGGGGGUCCAUUACGCCUUGUUGAGCAACGACAACGCCUUCCUCAGCUACCACCCACACCCCUUCUCCCAGCGCACCCUGACCGCCCGCUUCCAGGUCAACAACACGCAGCCUCCCCACGUGCAGCUGCUGUGCAAACCUGUGCUGAGCGCCAUGGGGCUGCUGGCCCUGCUGGACGGUGAGCAGCUGUGGGCUGAGGUGUCGCAGGCCGGGCAGGUGCUGGGUAGCAACCACUCGGUGGGUGUCCUGGCCAGCACCCACCACCCCCAGGGCCCUGCUGAUGCCUGGCGUGCCACCGUGCUGCUUUAUGCCAGUGACGACACCCACGCCCACGCCAGCACCCACCUUCCCGUGUCAUUGCACCUGCGGGGGUUGCCCUCCGGCCCUGGCCUGGUCUACGUGUCCCUGGCCCUGGACGACUCCUGCUGCAGCCCGGAGGCCCAGUGGCAACGUCUGGGCCGCCCCGUCUUCCCCUCGGCCGAGCAGUUCCGGCGCAUGAGAGAAGCAGAGGACCCGGUGGCUGAGCCUCCGCGCCCCGUCCCCGCCGACGGCCGCCUGACGCUGCGUCCCCCUCUCGCCCUGCCGGCGCUGCUGCUGCUGCACCUCUGUGCGCGACCCCCGGGCCCUCCGGGCCAGGUGACCCGGCUCCGGGCAAUGCCGCUGACCCGUGGGCAACUGCUGCUGGUCUGGUCGGAUGAGCUCGUGGCUUCCAAGUGCCUGUGGACCUACGAGGUUCAGUUCUCUCUGGAUGGUGCGGCCUUCACUCCGAUAAGCAGGAAGCCAUCCACGUUCAACCUCUUCGUGUUCAGCCCAGAGACCGCUAUGGUAUCCGGCUCUUACCGGGUGCGAGCCAUGGACUACUGGGCUCGGCCAGGCCCCUUCUCCAGCCCCGUGCGGUACUUGGAGGCCCAGGCCCCGUGACCACCCACCUGCCACACCGCCUUGACCAGACCCUAGUGACCAGGCCCCAGUGGCUGGACCCUAGUGGAUGGACCCCAGUGGCUGGAACCCAGUGACCUGACCCCAGUGGAUGGACCCCAGUGGCCGGAACCCAGUGGCCAGAACUCAGUGACCUGACCCCAGUGACCUGACCCUAGUGACCCGACCCCAGUGGAUGGACCCCAGUGACCUGACCCCAGUGACCCGACCCCAGUGGCCAGAACCCAGUGACCUGACCCCAGUGACCCGACCCCAGUGGAUGGACCCCAGUGACCUGACCCCAGUGACCCGACCCCAGUGGCCAGAGCCCAGUGACCUGACCCCAGUGGCCCGACCCCAGUGGCCAGGAGCCCGGGGCAGAGUCCCCACUGCUGUCCCCUACCGCCUUGCGUGUCCUUUAAAGUGCUUUUACGCAUGU